AUGAAACCAGAUGUCCCAGAAUCAAGGAGUCGAAAUGGUCGACGAGAAAACCAGAGAGGCCUGGCGGAGAUUCGGAGCCUACGUCGCAGACAGUUCACUCGGCCACUGGGGCCUCCCGGCCACACCCUCCAAGCAGGUGAGGAGCCCUCCAAGCAGUCCCGCGAUGCAUCUCGACUCCCGAUCUGGCCCAAGCAGCCAACCACGUCGUUCGUCAUCGCGCAAGCUUGCGGGUCGAACGACUACUUCCGCAUCGGAUGA